AUGGAUUCCUAUUACCGCGACUCGGCACGCUCGCCCGGCGACCGGUGGAGCAGCCGCGACGAUACAAGGGUCAAAGACGAGAGAGGAGACAGCUUCUACCGCGGCGGCAGGUCCCCUGGUGCCGAGCGCAUCCGGCGUCGGUCGCGAUCUCCAGUUGCAGUCGAUCGUUACGAGCCAAGGGGACGUGGUCGCGACGAGUAUGCCGGCACUCGGGAUCGGGACGACCGCGGCCGUCCCUCAACCCAUACCAACAUCGAUCGCUACGUGCCGGGCCAGGAUAGUACCCCAGCCCGGCUGGCACAACCACCCAGCCUGCCGCAUCCUCUUACGCUGCCAUUUCAGGUCGGUUUCUCAUGGUUCGGCGAGUGGUGGAGACAGAACCAAAGAAAAAUAGAGGAAAAGGAGCGACUGAAGAGCGGCCGGCGACACGAACCCGAGCGUAUUCGUGGUCCACGUGAAGCUCAAGAGGAACGGGAACAGGAAAAGGCCAGGAUCCAAGCUGCCUACGACAAAUACAAAGAGGACCUCCAGGCCAAGAUGGCACAGUCAUUUGUCAAGCAGCACAAGGACGAGCAGUGGUUCAAAGAGCGCUAUGUUCCAGAUGUGCGGGAUCCGUUCCGCCGGCAGCUGAAUGAGAUGCGCCGUGGCGCUUAUGCCAAGUGGGAGGAGGACCUCGCGUCCGGCAUCUUUGACGACCUAUCCCUUGAAGGCAUUCCCAAAAGCGAGAGCAAUGGGGCCGGUGGCAUGGUCGAGAAGGAGGAGGGCGAAGCGACCACUGCAAAUGAAGUUCUCGGCGUUGGUGAUCUGGUGCCUGCAAAUCCUGUGGAAAUAAGGGACGAAAGUCUGGAUCAGCCCACUCUCUUGAUCAAGACCAUUGCGCCCUCUGUAAGCCGUCAAAAUCUGGAGGCUUUUUGCAAGGAGCAUCUCGGAGAGGGCGAAGGCGGCUUCAAGUGGUUGUCCUUGAGCGAUCCGAACCCCAGUAAGCGCUACCACCGGAUCGGCUGGAUCAUGUUGCAUCCGGCCCCUGAGGGCCCGGGCCUCGAGGAGAGCGAGGAUGUCAAAGAUGAAGAGUCCGGCGAGUCUAAGCCAGCCGCUCCCGUCUCAACCGCCGAUAAAGCCCUCGAGGCGAUCAAUGGCAAGACCGUCAAGGAUGAGCUUCGCGGUGACUUCACCUGUCACGUCGGUGUCCACAACCCGCCGUCACAUCCUAGAAAGAAGGCUUUGUGGGAUCUCUUCUCCGCCCCCGAACGCAUCCGCAAAGAUCUUCACCUUGCCACGGAACUGGUCGCCAAGUUUGAAGUUGACAUUGGCUCCGAUUUCAACGCGGCUCACCAAAUUGAACAGCACGUUGAUAGGUUGCGUGACGAAGGGAAGCUCCAACCUUCAGUCCUGACCUCUCCUGCUGCCAAGAAGGCGAAGAAAAAGCGGGAUAUUGGUUUGGACGAGUCCAUGGAUGUGGAGCGCGAGGAGGGAGAGGAGCAUAUGGCGGAGGAGGGCGAGGAUGACGAAGACGAGGGGAUUGUGGACGACGAAGUCGAUGACAUGGAUCUCUUGGUCACAAAGAAGCGGCUGGAUUUGACCAUUGAGUAUCUCCGCCGCGUCUUCAAUUUCUGCUUCUUCUGCGUCUUCGAGAGCGACUCGAUCCAUGAGUUGACGCGCAAAUGUCCUGGCGGCCACCUCCGGAGACCCAGGAGCACUUUGUCUUCGGCCGCUAAAGAAGUAGCCGAGGCAAGCGCAAACGGCGACCCCUUCCCAUCCAAGAAGCGCAAAGAGGCCGAAGACGUCGAGGAGGGAGAGGCGCCCGAGGAGGAGCGCAAGUUCCGUGCGUUGUCCAAGGCUGAGCAACAGCUACAGCGAGCUUACAACUGGGUCAAGACGUUUGAAGACAAGAUCAAUCAGAUCCUGCAUCCCGAAACUGUUGACCUUCGGAAACUUGGGGGGAAGCCAGUUGAGGACGCAGUCAAUGACGAACUCACCAAGUACGUCAAGCAGGAGGACGAGCACAAAUGGCGUUGUAAGGUGCCCGAGUGCACCAAGCUGUUCAAGGAGGAACACUUCUGGCGUAAGCACGUUGAAAAGCGCCACACUGAGUGGCUGGAGAAGCUCAAAGAAGAGUUUGAGCUGGUAAAUGCCUAUGUCCUAGACCCCUCGCACAUCGCGCCCUCGCGCACCGAUGCAAACUCCAAUGGCCACUUCCCCCAGGGCAAUGGUCAGCAGAUGACAGGCACCCCGCGAGGCUUCAACUUGCAAAACUUCACCAUGAAUGGCGGCGUGCUCCCCUUCCCCGGCUUUCCCAUGGCCAUGUUCCCGGCCAACAUGAUGGCCGGCGGCGCUGGCGCGCAUCCCAUGGGUGCCGCAGCUGGCUGGCACGCUGGCGCAGGCGGCGAUGAGCGCGGUGGUGGUGUCGGCGGAGCCGGCCCCAUUCGCCGCGGCGGUCCCGUGUCUGGAGGAGGCGGUGGCAGCAGGUUUCAGAACCGCGCUGGACCGUAUGAGCGGCGGCCCAACAACCCUCGCUACGGCGUUGCUGGUGAGGGUGGCGGUAUGGGUGGCGGAGGACGCGGUCGGCCGGGCCCUGCUAAUCGCUGGGGCGAUGGUGCCGGCGUUGCUGCGGUCGGCCCGCGGGAGGCGGUCCAGGGCCGGACGCUCAAGAGCUACGAGGAUCUUGACCAGGUUUCGGGUGGGGCCGGGGGUGAGCUCAACUACUGA